UCCAGCCCGCCCAACCCAUCCUCAAACAGAUCCAACGGAAAUGGCGUGAAGUCACCCGGUUCCCCAAACGGUUCUGUUGACAACCGGUACCGCGGCCAAAGAGUCCCGCCUCUCCCCGUAAACAGCGCCGGUCCCGCGGACAGGCAUGAAGCUCAGGUAGACAGGUAGACACAGUUCUCUAUAAUGUCGUCAGCCGGUGAAGCAGCAGCAGCAGCAGGAGCCUCGUCUGCAGGUGGAGGAGGGAGUUCAGUCAUGGAGACGUCUAACUUCGCCCACGUGAUUUUCCAGAACGUGGGGAAAAGCUUUCUGCCUCAGGCGGCUCUGGAGUGCCACUAUACCCUCACCCCGUUUAUCACCCCCCACCCUAAAGACUGGGUUGGCAUCUUCAAGGUGGGAUGGAGCAGUGCCAGAGACUACUACACGUUCCUGUGGUCUCCUAUGCCUGAAAACUACACUGACGGCUCCACCGUCCACAGAACACUCAUCUUCCAAGGAUACUACGUUCCUCGCAGUGAUGGAGAGUUCUAUCAGUUCUGCUACGUUACUCACACCGGAGAAAUCAGAGGAGCCAGCACUCCCUUCCAGUUCCGCCCGGCCACGCCCACAGGGGAGGAGCUACUGACCGUGGAGGAUGAAGGGAACUCUGAUAUACUGGUGGUCACGACCAAAACAGGACUACUGGAGCAGCGUGUGGAGGAGGUUCAGAAGGAAUGCAGGGAGCUGCAGAAGGCCGUCCGACUCCUCACACAGGAGAGAGACCAACUGCAGGAGGAGCAGAGACGACACAACCAGGAGCUGCAGCAGGGUCUGAGGGAGCAGAAGGAGGAGGCUCAGGCUCGGGUCCGACAACUGGAACAGGAUCUGCUGACCGUCACCCAGAGAGCUGUACUGAAGGAGACCGAGCUCGACUGUCUGAGAGACAGGCUGCAGAAGGUGAUCGUAGAGAGAGAUGCUUUGCAGACGCAGCUGAAGAAUGAGAGAGAUGAAAGAGAUCUCUAUAAAUCUCAUGUACGCAGUGCGGAGCUGGAGAACACUAAGCUGAGUGCGGAGCUGCAGAUGUUGAAGGCGGUGGAGUUGAAUCGAGAGGUCACCAUCGCCCAGUACCAGGAGGAGAUCCACCGACUGCGCUCAGACAGAAACACACACCCAGCUGAUACAAAUCUGAGGGAGCAGCUGCGUCAGGUGGAGGAGCAGCUCCAGGCUACGCGGCAGCAGGCCUCCAUGCUGGGCUCGGAGCUGCGGGACGCGUCCAGCGGGCGGGACCGCACCAUCGCCGAGCUGUACCGCGCCCGGCAGGAGGCCGACGCCCUGCGGAGCAGCUUAACCCAGACUCAGGACCAGUGCAGGAGAGCACAGGACCAGCUGGACAAACUGAGGAACCACAGCUCACAGGAAGUGGGCGGGGCUGUUGCAGCAGAGGGCGUGGUUUCCGAGCUGGAGGCGGAGCUACAGAAGGAGGUGGAGGAGCUGAAGCUGAGGCUGCAGAUGGCUGCAGAGCACUAUAAGGAGAAGUACAGGGAGUGUCAGCGUCUGCGCAGACAGGUCACCAAACUGCAGCAGCAGGAGAACCAGCAGGGGGAGUCGAAUAGAAACGAUGCAUCUACAGAGACCACUCAGGAGCCGGACACACCCGACGCAGAGUCCCCGGAUAUAGAUCAGAAAUCUGACCUCCAGGAGUCUACUGAAGAAAAGGGGGAUGAAGAAAGGGAGGAGGGAGAGGGAGGAAAGCUGGAGGAGAGUAAGGAAGAGGAGGAUGAAGGAGAAGAGGAGUGCAGUGUGUCGGUGGAGGCGGAGCUCGCUCGGAUGGAGGAGAGAUGGAGGGAGCAGUGCACCAUAAAUGACAAUCUGAAGCUACUGCUGGACAGUGAAGAACAGAGCUAUAAGGCUCAGCUGAGUGAUAAGGAGAGGGAAGUCUCCUCACUGAGGGAGAGUCUGGCUGAUGUAACCAGAGAGAAGGAGCGUCUGGAGGAGGAGCUCCGCUCAUGUAUCAGCAGAGAGGAAGGGGCGGGAGGUCAGAGGUCUGAGGUCAGGGAGCCUGUGGUGCUGCGGUAUCCACUGCCAUACCCUCAGGAUCCCCCCCCACUGCCACUGAUACCACAGCAACCUGCCGAGCUCCAGUACGGAAACCCCUACUCCCAACAGCAGACCCGCGAUGGUGCAGAUGGGGCGUUAUCACCUGAGCAGACCUGCCGCCCCCCUCCCGUUGCCCCGCCCCCUUGGGGUGGACCUGUAGUCUGCAGCCAACCGUCACGCAGCCUCAGCCCUCCCGAUGGUCUGGAGAACCCUCCUGAGGAACGGCCCAGUGGAGGUGAUGGUGAAGCUCCAGCCGUCUGUGGUCAUCAAAGUCCAGAAUCCAACGAGAACCGCACCAGUUUCUGCUUUGACACAAGGACUGAUGUCCAUAAGCGCUGUCCUCUCUGUGAGGUGAUUUUUCCUCCGCACUUUGAGCAGCGUAGUUUUGAGCGUCACGUCGAGUCUCACUGGAAGGAGUGUCCGGUGUGCAGCGAGCAGUUCCCUCUGGACUGUCAGCAGCGUCUCUACGAGAAACACGUCCUCACGCACUUCGACGGGAACGUCCUCAACUUCGACAACUUCGAAUAAAGAGAGCGAGGCGCUGCGGCGUCGAGGCGUCCUGCUGUUAGCUUGAUAUGCUGUUAGCGUGAUACGCUAAUACAGGGGGCGGGGUUAAAUGUUUCGUUUGGCACUUUUUUGACGAUGUCACUUGGCUGUAUGCUAAUGGUCGCAUGUUUUAUGACACUUUUAAGGCUCAUUUAUACUCAAAUUACGAAAUUGCGAAAUGAAUACGUGAACACGUCUGUUUUAAACGAUGUAACCAUUACUGCCCACAUACUUCUACACGUCCUUUACGUUGGGACAGGUGUUGAGUAGUGCAUCCACUAGAGGGCAGUUCUGAGUCAAUUGAUUUAACAUAAGACGUAAGAUAAUAAGAUGUAUUGGAACCACGAAGUUCGAAUGUUGAAGAAUUCGCCUAAACCAUUGGCUACACUGCCCCCCACCAUUUCCAGUGGUACUGCACCUCUGUUUCCUAAGUUUCUGUUCAAAUCUCUGAUCCAGGAACUUUUAAAAAUGGAUUUUUCAUCGGCUUUUAAAGCUCAAUCCAGUCCCAAUCCUUAGUUUUGUUGCAGCAGAACCCUCUUUGCUUUCCUCUAGAAGCCAGUAAAAUAUAUUAUUCUCAGUUUCUGCAGAAAGGAGACUUUUUUUUAGGUUUUUAAGGUAAUAAAACAGUUCAGAAUCUGCAGUAAUUUAAGUAACGGUCUAACACAUAUUAUGAGAAGCAAGAACUACUUAACUAAGUAAAUAAAAGUAAAAAAUAUAUAUAUAUAUUUAAAGAAAUGAAGGUCAGUCAAUCUUAAAGUCAAUUUCAACAACUUUAAAAGCAUUUUUAAAUGUAGUGCAAAAAAGACCAUCAAAAUCGUUCUGAUGAUGGAACUGGCACUCAUCAGGAUUCAUCAGGAG